UGUCUCCUUCCCCUGCCUCAUCGCUCUGCAGUAACACAGACCGGGUCAGCCUGGACUUAAAGAAGUUAAGGCACUAGACUACCCCCGAUUAGGAUGGAUACAACACUUUGGAACCUCAGACUGAUGCUUUCUUUACUGGUGACAACAGGCCUCUGUUCAAAUAGUGAUAAUAGUAGAAGACACACAUUAACAAGGAUUGCUCGUUCUACUGAUGAAGUAGAUGAUGGAAAACGGUGUGGUUAUACCUUUAUGGUACCUCAACAGAAAGUCACAGGGCCCAUAUGUGUUGUUACCAAAGGAUCUGGGCCAAAUAAAGAUAUGGUGACUAGGAUGGAUUUAGAAAAUCUAAAAGAUGCUUUGACUAAGCAGAGGAGGGAGAUGGAAAUGCUUCAAGUGGUGGUAGAUGUGGAUGGGAACAUAGUGAAUGAGGUGAAGCUGCUAAGAAAGGAGAGUCGCAAUAUGAACUCCCGCGUGACGCAACUUUAUAUGCAGCUCUUGCAUGAAAUUAUUCGUAAGCGAGACAAUGCUCUUGAAGUUUCUCAACUGGAGAAUAAGAUUCUUAAUGUAACAUCAGAAAUGCUCAGAGCAGCCACUCGUUACAAAGAGCUGGAAUUAAAAUACGCAUCACUUAUAGAUGUUGUUAAUAACCAGUCAUCUGUUAUUGCACUGCUGGAAGAACAAUGCAUGAAAGUUUUCUCCAGGAGGGACAGCCCAGGCUCACCACCUUUAGUACAAGUUGUUCCCCAGCACUACCCCCAGAUCCAUCAGUACACACCUGGGCUUGGGGGCGGAAAUGAAAUUCAGAGGGACACAGGAUACCCAAGAACCAGAGACAGCAGACAGCCACCACAAGCUCCAACAAGCAGUCCAUUCCGGAUCCCUCCAGUAACAAUCAUUGAUGAAGGCCCAUUUAGAGACUGCCAGCAUGCCAAAGAAUCAGGAUUUUCCAACAGUGGCAUUUACUUGAUAAAACCAGAUAAUGCCAACAGUCCUAUGCAGCUUUGGUGUGAGAACAGCUUGGAUCCAGGUGGAUGGGCAGUUAUACAGAGGAGAAUAGAUGGAUCAGCUAACUUCUUCAGGAAUUGGGAAACAUAUAAGAAAGGUUUUGGGAACAUUGAUGCAGAGUACUGGCUGGGACUGGAGAACAUCUACCAGCUGACUAACCAAGACAAUUACAGACUUCUGAUAGAGCUGGAAGACUGGAGCAAUAAGAAAGUUUAUGCAGAAUACAGUAGUUUUAGACUGGAGUCAGAGAGUGAAUUCUACAAACUUCGCCUGGGAACAUAUCAGGGUAACGCAGGAGACUCCAUGAUCUGGCACAAUGGCAAACAGUUCACCACAUUGGACAGAGACAAAGACAUGUACUCAGGUAACUGUGCCCAUUUUCAUAAAGGAGGAUGGUGGUACAAUGCUUGUGCCCAUGCCAAUCUCAAUGGAGUGUGGUACAGAGGAGGGCAUUAUCGUAGCAAACAUCAAGAUGGCAUUUACUGGGCAGAAUAUAGAGGAGGAUCCUAUUCCCUUAAAGCAGUCCAGAUGCUGAUCCGGCCCAUUGACUGAUACGUUUAAAACAAUAAACAGCAGCACAGACUCCAAUUAUAUAGUGGAAUUAAAACAAUAUUUUAUUUUUGAGACUUGAUUUUCUUGAUUUAUUGACAACUGAUGCAUUCAAAAUAAUCAAAAAACUAUUUAUGUAAAAUAUUAAAGAUGAUACACUUUACCCAAGAUGGAAGCAAAUGUGAAACGUAAAACAAGAUAACAAGGUAAUUAAUAUGCCAAUAUGACAUUUACAUCAGGGGCAUGUGUGGAUUUCUUUACCCACUGUUGGUGUUAAAAGGCAGGUAAAGCCACAGAGGUAUCAGUUACAUGUUCAUUUACAGAGGAACUUCUGCCUAAGUCAGAUAAGAACCUUGGAGGGGCAGGAAAAAAAGCUACCCGCAGGACAGGUUGCUUUUUAUUUUUCUAUAUAACACAUAAUUUACCUCAACCCAAUCUGCAACCAAUGAAGAAUUAAGUAAGUGGGAAGGAGGGUAGAAGGGGUGUAAACAACCUUUGGGGUGAGGGUAGAUUAAAUCUGGAAAAUUAGGAAAAAGGUAAAAAGCUAGGGGGUAGUAAUUUUAGUUGAGUAGAACUGUUGAAACUGGGAAGCAGUACAGCAGCUGUGUGCUAUAUAGCAGGCAAAUUAUGGGAAGGCGGAGAACACUGUAAUGCUGCUGUUCUGUCCGCAUACACUACAGUGUGUGCCUUGAGAGAGAACGAUCUGCACUGAAUAGUAAAGUACCACACAGACUGCAGUGCACAAGUGUAGGCUCUGCACCUUACACGAUGAAAAACACACACAGGAAAUACUGCAGGUAAACAUAGCAAAAAGAGAACUUCAAUUAAGAGAAAACAAUGGCAGCCCACCCCUCCCAUAUAUCAAUAUCAUUGUCCAUAACACAAAGUUAUUAAUAAUCUAAGUUUACUUUCACCCUUGUGACUAGCUAGACAACUAGCACUCCAGGCUAGACAACCUGCUCUAAAACAACUCCAACUUUCACAUGCUGUCAUCUAUACAAUCUAAAUGAGCUUUAUUUCCUUGUGUUUAUACACAGCAAACUAAUGUUGUCAUUGUUAUUAUUUAUGACAUAUAUGUCUUAUAUGUUUUAUAUUUUAUAUCAAGAUACCUGUAUGAUGGUUCUAGUUGAUUGUAAACUACUUGAUGUCAUGGAAUGUGAGCUCUGCUUUAGACAAGAACUUGGAAAUGAUAUUCAAGUUUCCAGACAUAAAAUCUGCAACCAGUAAAUCUUUAAGACAAGUA